AGGCCUGAUCUCCGGAAACACUGGCAGCCCUGGGUACAGCCCCGCCCCGCAGUCUUGUCCUUCCGUCCUUCCAGACACCAGAAGCUCCGCCCCCGAGCGGACUCCGUAGCUUGCGAGUCACCAAGUUCGUACUUCUGCGCAGGCGCCCUCAACCCACAAUAGGUUUGGCUCCUGGGGUGAAACCGCUUUGCUGCCAUGGCCCCUCCGCCGCUGUCGUCUCCGCCGCUUUGCAUCCUGCCAUCAGGCUCAGGCCCUCCCCGCUUCGUGUGCUACUGUGAGCCGGAGGAUGGUGGAGACCGGGACGGCGGCGGCUUCAACCUCUAUGUGACGGACGCCGCGGAGCUCUGGAGCACCUGCUUCUCGCCUGACAGCCUGGCAACGCGCCAGAAAGCCCGAUUUGGUCUAAGUGGGACUGAGGACAUCCCUUCCCGGUUCAGGGCAGCCUGCCAGCAGCAAGCAGUGACUGUAAGCCUGCAAGAGGAUAGAGCCUUGAUGACCCUCUCAGGAGACGCCUCUGCACUAACCUUUGACCUCUCCAAGGUGCCCAGCCCAGAGGCAGCCCCCAAGCUACAGGCUUUGACUCUCAGCCUGGCAGAGCGUGUGUACAACCUAGAGAGGCGCCUAGCAGCUGCAGAAGAGACCGCCACUAGUCCCAGGAAGAACACCCAUCCAGUGGGCCCUCAGCUUUUCUUACCAGAACUUGAUCACCAGAGAGGCAGCUCUGGACUUGGGGUCAGGAGACGGUGUCCAGGGGAGUCUCUCAUCAACCCUGGCUUCAAAAGGUACUUGCCACAUGUCUUUCCUACCCUGGUCUCUUCCCUUUCCUCUAUGCAUUACAUACUCUUGUCUUCUAGCAAGAGACCAGCUAGCGGUGUAGACUUCGAUGAGACCUGAAAAUACAGCAGAGCCUGUGACCUUGCCAGGAGCCUAUCUACAAGGAAAGGGGUAGAUCUGAAACCCCCACCAAUCAGAGAAGCCCCUUGCUUAACUUGCUGCCUGCUCCUACUGUUGGGCAGGAAUGCCUCUCAUCCCUUCCUGGUGAAAUAAACUGCUCUCUUGGGUAGAAA